UUCGAAGGUCUUGCAUUGCCGUGCUUCAUCUCUGUGCAGAAUUUGGGUGAUCUCUCUCGCUUCUGCUCUUACUUGUUAGAAGACUCGACUCUGAUUCUUGCGUUAAUGGUGGAUCUUAUGAUUGCAAUCAUAGUACGAAAUGAAUUAGUAUAAUAGUGUGGGGCGGAUGUCGUCGAAGAUAUUAGCUUUAUCGAAGAAUUAAUUGCUUAAUUUGAAGAGUUUCUAUUCAUUCCAAAUUGUUGAUUAGGGUUCAUAGAAGCUCGUUCAUUUGAGCUCUCUGCACUCAAUUCCCAUGGCGAUUGGGGAUAUCAAUUCAGCAUUAUUUCAAGGUUUGAGUAAUUUCGCUCAACUCAGAGGCAUUCACGCUCACCUUCUGCGCCUCCAUUUCCAUCGUGAUCAUUAUCUUUUAAACAUGGUUUUGAAAUCCGCCUUUCAUUUCAAGCACCCAGAGUACGCUACCUCAGUGUUCAGCCACACCAACGACCCCAAUUUUUAUCUCUACAACACUAUGAUCCGCGGUUUGGUCUCGAAUGAUCGUUUCACCGAAGCCAAUGAGUUCUUCCACUCGAUGCGGAGACAAGGAUUUGUACCAAACAACUUCACCUUCCCAUUUGUGCUGAAGUCUUGCUCGAGAAUUAUGGAUUCAUGGUUAGGUUUGAAGAUUCAUUCUCUGGUAGUUAAAGUCGGUUAUGAAAGUGAUGUUUUCGUGAAAACUGGAUUGGUUGGGUUCUACGCCAAAUUAGAGAGCUUGGAGGAUGCACACAAGGUGUUCGACGAUAUUCCUGAGAAGAAUGUAGUUUCUUGGACUGCCAUAAUUGGGGGUUAUAUGAAGGCUAGGAGAUUCAGAGAAGCUGUAGAUCUAUUUAGGAAUUCAUUGACAAAGGGAUUAAGGCCAGACAGCUACACACUUGUUCGAGCUCUAUCCGCAUGCAGUCAUCUUGGCGAUUUCGGAGCCGGCGAAUGGAUACAUAAGUUCAUUCUUGAUGUAGGAAUGGGAAGGAACGUGUUUGUGAAUACGGCUCUUGUCGACAUGUACGCCAAGUUCGGGAGCAUGGAGAGGGCGCUCGCCGUCUUCGACGAGAUGCAGGAAAAAGAUAUCGUAACUUGGGGUACUAUGGUCCAAGGCUACGCAGCGAAUGGGCUUCCGAAGGAAGCUUUAGCCGUGUUCUACAGAAUGCGGGAAGAGAAUAUGAAGCCGGACUGUUAUGUAAUCGUUGGGGUUCUUUCGGCCUGCGCGAGGCUUGGAGCUUUGGAGCUCGGAGAACAGGCGAGCGACAUGAUGGAUCGAGAAGAGUUUAAGUCGAACGCCGUUAUGGGGACUGCGCUGAUCGACAUGUACGCCAAGUGCGGGAAGAUGCGUGCGGCUUUGGAGGUGUUCAAGGGGAUGAGAGCGAAGGACAUCGUAAUUUUCAACGCCGUAAUUUCGGGUCUGGCGAUGACGGGCAGCGUGAGGGCUGCUUUUAGCUGUUUCGGUUUGGCGAAGAAAGAGGGGUUGGCACCGGACGAGAACACCUUUCUCGGCUUGCUUUGCGGGUGCACUCAUUCUGGCCUUGUCAACGACGGUCUUCGGUGUUUCUACACCAUGAGUCGCGCGUAUUUCGUAGCUCCUACCGUCGAGCAUUACGGGAGCGUUGUCGAUCUUCUUGCGAGAGCAGGUUUGUUGGAGAAGGCGUAUCGAAUAGUUCGCAGUAUGCCAAUGAAGGCUAACGCGAUAGUUUGGGGAGCUUUGUUGGGCGGGUGUCGAUUGUACAAGGAUACUCGUCUCGCCGAGGUUGUACUGAAGGAAUUGAUUGCGUUGGAGCCUCGGAACUCGGGGAACUACGUCCUCUUGUCGAAUAUUUACUCGGCUAAUCGGAAAUGGGAGGAGUCGGAGAACGUAAGGUCGAUUAUGAAGGAGAGAGGCAUCCAAAAGGUACGCGGAUAUAGCUGGAUAGAGAUCGAUGGAGUCGUUCACGAGUUUCUUGUUGGAGAUACGUCACAUCCGAUGUCGGACGAUAUAUACGCGAAGCUCGACGAGCUAUCGAAGGAGCUAAGAAGAGUCGGGUAUAGGCCGACGAUAGAAUUCGUGAUGUUCGACAUCGAAGAGGAGGAGAAAGAGCAAUUCUUGGGGUGUCAUAGUGAGAAGUUGGCUCUAGCAUUAGGCCUAAUUCGUCUCGAACCAAAUUCGGUGAUCCGAAUAGUUAAGAACCUUCGGGUAUGCGGCGACUGUCACGCCGCGAUCAAGCUCAUAUCGAAGAUUACGGGUAGAGAAAUCCUCGUACGGGACACGAACCGUUUCCAUCACUUCGUCGAUGGAUCGUGCUCGUGCCGAGAUUAUUGGUGACUACUAAUGUCAUAUAUUAUGGACUCGAAGAUCGAUCGAAUCGUCAAAGAUUUGAUAUUUUAGAGGCCCGGAAAACAAAGAGAAG